AUGUCUGGCAGCCACAUUGCGGGAAACCGCAAUAGCACCCCGGAGGCCAACACGAACCCGUCUCUUCGCCCCCCCUCCUCGAGAGUUAUGGGAACCAACAGCCACCUUCGGGCUUCUGCCGACAUGGCUGCGCUCUCCAACGCAUCUCCCUCAAGCCGGAUCCGUCCGUCAUCCGACUUCUACGGCUCUCAGCAGGGCCAAGGCCAUAAUAACCCCGAUACCGAUCCCCAAGACAAGAUCGCGCAACAAUGGAUUGCCGAUAUCGAUCAGUAUGAGACGACUUUGGAAGAAAUGGCCGCUGCCACUCUCGACCAGGACUUCAAGGAUGAACUGAGUGCCAUUGAGCAGUGGUUCAGGGUCCUCAGCGAGGCCGAGCGCACUGCUGCUCUGUACGCCUUGCUGCAGCAGACCACCCAGGUUCAGAUUCGAUUCUUCAUUCAGGUUCUACAGCAAAUGGGCAAGAGCCACCCCAUGUCGGGCGUCUUGUCCCCAGCCAACUUUGACAAAGACCCAAUGUCAAACCGCCUGAGCGACGCCAUGAACAAGCUGAAUGUCGAGCCAUCCAGGAACUCGCUCGCCCGCCCCUCGAGCACUGCGACCGGCAAACGGCAAUCGGGACUCGACCCCUCCACCAUCAAUGCAAUGUUUCCUGACGCCGCCGCAGCCAUUGCGACGGAGAAGGCCAAGUUCACCCAGCAGACUGGCAACCCUCCCUCGUCCAACCGCAACAGUGCUGUAGGUGACUCUCGUCAGUCCAUGGCUGCCCCGACAAUCGCGGGCCCUGCCGACAACCACGACUCCAAUGGCCAAAACCAGUGGACUGGAGGCGAUCAGGGAUCCAAAGCCCCUGGUGGUCAACCCCCGAUGGGCCAGUUUGUCCAGCCGCCCCCUUCUAGUGGUUUAAGAUCUCCUCGCCCGCCCCAGAUCUCGGGCAACCAAAACAUUCAAAACACCACCUUGACGACCAAUGAUAAGCCGGCAGACCUUCCUCUCUUGUCCCCGUACAACCCAAGCGGAGGCAACUGGGCAUCGAUGGUCAAUACUCCGCUCGUUGCGAAUUUCAACGCCAAUACCAGCGGCACGCAGGCUGACAUGGUCGCAAAUGCCACCGCGAUGAAACUAGCAGCUUUGUCGACAGUCAACAACCGCUUCGCUCUCGAUGAUGUUCGCAAAUAUCGCCGUGCCCGAUCCAACGAUGCCCCAGGCGCUCCAGGCCAGCAGGGUCUGCCUCAUAGUGGGCAUAUGCCCAACACCAACGUGGUCAUGAUCAACGAGCAUGGCCAGGUGCUUAGUCGCGAGCAGAUGAUUGCUUUGCAGGCACAAAACAUGGGCUUCGGCCAACAUCGAUCUCGACCCAGCUCGCCAGGCAUUGCCAUGCAGCCUGGUGGCUUCGGACCCAUGGCUUUCGCUUCUCCGCAAAACAACGGUUUCCUCAGCGCCUAUGAUGGCGCCUCUCCUCUUCUCAACAAUGGCAUUCCUUCAGUCAAUGUGGGCCAGUUAGGUUUAGGGAACCACGAAGGAUACCUUUCAGACCAUUCCGACAUGGUCCGUGGCCGAUCUCCCCGGGGCCGCAGAGGUAGCUCAAAGCCGCCUGAAGACCCGACAGACCCGACCCUUCUCCAGGAUAUCCCUAGCUGGUUGAGAAGCCUGCGGUUGCACAAGUACACUGAAAAUCUCAAAGACAUGAAGUGGCAUGAGUUGAUCGAGCUCGACGACAAAGCUUUGGAGGAUCGUGGAGUUAACGCCCUCGGAGCUAGGCGGAAGAUGCUCAAGGUUUUUGAGCAAGUGAAGGAGGCCAAAAAUGAUGGCAAGAUUGCUUGA